CGGCUCACGCGCGUGGACUGACAGCGAUCGGGGACGGCAGCAACAUGCGUGCGCUGCUGUGUAACCCCGCACUGCACUAUUUAUUCAGAUCAAGUGAAGAUCAAUCAACGCUGUUCUGCUCACCCUGCUUCUUCUUCUUCUUUUUCUUCCUCCUCGCACGCCGGCGGCACACCAUUCCACCCCCCCUCGCUCGGCGUCCAGAGCUUGCUUGCCAGGAGCCGCUGCCUCCCAUGGCGGCGUCCGCUCCCAGCCGGGCGCUGCGCUGCUUCCUGCUGGCGUGCAUCUCCUGCUGCCUGCUGGUCCCUUGCUGCACAUCAGAUGGCUCCGUGGCUGCUGCUGCCGCCUUCCAUGGCCAGGAGAGAGACGCCCCGGAAAUUGUCGGGCGAGCCCUCGUCUGCUUCGACGACCGCUACAUCUACAGCGGGUGCCAGGGCUCGUUCCGGCUGGGCCCGCAGGGCGCGCUGGACGUGCCGCCGGGGUCGGCCGACGCCUUCUGCGGCGGGCCCUGCGUGGCCGAGACGGAGCUUGUGCUCCGCUGCGUCGACGGCAUCAUGGGCAACUUCCGCUUCUACAACGGCGCCACCGCCGCCGACGUCCGCUCGGCGCUCGACCGGGGAUGCGGCCGCUCGGGCCUCCGCGGCGACUUCGACGUGCUGCGCCGCCUCGGAGGACGACGGCCGCGGCGACAACUACGGCGACGGGUACUUCUACGGCCACGCGGCCCGCCUCGCUCGUCGGCGGCAGCCUCACGCCGCCGCCGCUGCUGCUGGGCGCGGCCGCCGCGAUCCUCGCGUGGGCGUGACCGAUCACAUCGACGAGGCACAUGUCUCGGUGCCAGUUACUCGAUUGGAUCAAGUAUAUAUAGUGUAGAGACAGUGUAACUUAGUUGAUUAUUAGCCGUAGUGCAUGGGAUCGAUCGACUUGAAGGAUCGAGAUAGGAGACCCCUGUGAUCGACCACUCGACCUGUCGCGGAAUGAGCUAGAAGAACUGCUGCUACAGCAAUGCAAAAUCUGCAGUGCUACUACGCUCGCACUUGCGUGAAAAAUCA